AUGAAACCAGAAUCACUCUCAGCACUAGAGAGGCAGAUCUUUGACUUCCUUGGCUUCCAGUGGGCUCCUAUUCUUGGAAAUUUUCUACAUAUAAUAGUCGUCAUAUUGGGUCUGUUUGGAACCAUUCAGUACAGACCUCGAUACAUUGUGGUGUAUACAGUAUGGACUGCCCUCUGGGUCACCUGGAAUGUGUUCAUUAUCUGCUUUUAUCUGGAAGUAGGUGGACUCUCUAAGGACACAGAUCUAAUGACAUUUAACAUCUCCGUUCACCGGUCAUGGUGGAGGGAACAUGGGCCUGGCUGUGUUCGAAGAGUGCUGCCCCCAUCAGCUCACGGGAUGAUGGAUGACUACACGUAUGUCUCUGUCACAGGUUGCAUGGUCGACUUUCAGUACUUGGAGGUCAUCCACAGUGCCGUCCAAAUACUACUCUCAUUGGUUGGUUUUGUGUAUGCCUGUUAUGUGAUCAGUAUUUUCAUGGAAGAAGAGGACACCUGUCGAAAUAAGUAA